UUGGUAGCGUGGCUGUGCGGUGUGAUUUCUGCGCUGCGUGGAUGGAGGAAGCAGCAGCUGCUGAUCUCUGACACUCGGAGAGAGACAGGCGUCUAUAUGCACAUAUAUACUGAUUCACUGCCAUAUUGCAAAACAGGCGCGACGUGCAUGACUUGACUCGGAUCCCCAGUACAAUGCAAGGAAAAGGGUGCACGUACAAGCAGCUCAUACAGCCGCAGCGUCUUCUGCUGCUUUAGAACACCAAUAUUUAAUGGGUCCUGUAAUUGGAAUGUCUCCAGAGAAGAAAGCGGAAACGCCUGGGUUACAAGAAUUUUCGGGAUUAAAGUUGACUGCUUGUGGCAUGGGCACCUUACCAGAAGCUGAAAGUGCUGCAAGCCCCAAGGCAACAAGUGUGGACAAGGGGCCAUGUGAUGAUGAAGAACUCACAAACUUGAAUUGGCUCCAUGAAAACCUCCUGCAAAACUUCACUCUGGUCUCAGAAGCUCAGCCCAGUGUUAGUCCUCUAUAUGACAUUGAGGGAGAUAGUGUACCACCUUCUUUUACUUCUUCCUGUUCUGUAGCCCAGGAGAAGGAUUCUGUUAACACGAAACCCCCAUAUUCUUUUAGCCUUCUUAUCUACAUGGCUAUUGAACAGUCUUCUAACAAAUGCCUGCCUGUCAAGGAUAUCUACUGCUGGAUCUUGGAUCACUUCCCUUAUUUUGCCAGUGCCCCCACUGGCUGGAAAAACUCAGUGAGACAUAACUUGUCCUUGAACAAGUGUUUUCGCAAGGUGGAGAGGGGCCUUGGUAAAGCAAAUGGAAAAGGAUCUUUAUGGUGUGUUGAUCCAGAAUAUCGACCCAAUCUUAUUCAAGCACUGAAAAAGCAACAUUUUCCCUCUGCACAUGUCUUCUGUACCCCACCAGCAUCACCACCAAGUGCAUCAACACCUCCUCCACAUUUGAUUCUCCAAGAUCAAGGCUUUUCUGUGAAAGAAUCUGACAUUGAUGCAGCCACGGCCAUGAUGCUUUUAAACUCUUCCCCAGAGAAACAGAAGAUGGAGUGUGGCCAAUCUCACUCUGCCUCUGCCGCAUUGCCAGUAAAGAGGACCUACAGCAGCAACAGCAUACAGAAUGUGCAAGAUAAACCUAUUGAUCUUUCUCAGCCAGUAAUAGCAGUUGUCAGCAAUGACCCUAAGGAAGAUCACAAUUACACUGCCACCUUCCAGCGCUGUGCAUCAAGGUCAAGUGUGUCUUCCUCAUCAUCUGUGGAUGAGGCCUAUGAGUUUGCAUCAACAGCUCGACGGACAGGGAGCGAGGGCUUCAAUAGUGAUGAAGAGUCUGAUUUGCCAGAUGAUGGGGAAGAAGAGGAAACAGAAGAUCUCCUUGGAGACAGUGGCUAUGGAUCUCAGCGAUGCACUGCCAGUCUAGCAGCUGGUGCACCAGCCAACAAGAAGCCCCGCAGAGAAGUGAAGGUGGAGAUUGACGAGGAGUUAAAGGAGGCAGCAGGUUCUCUUCUGCACCUUGCUGGGAUUCGCACAUGUUUGGAUGCUUCGAGAUGCACAGCAAAGAGCAAGAGCAAAAAUUAAGACUUCCAAAAGGUGGCAGUUUUUUGGGUUUUUUUUUGUUUGUUUUUUAUAUAUAUUGAAAAAAUAACCCCACAUGGCAAUAUCAUUUUACAAAGGAGAACAAAGCCAUAUUAAGACUUUUGUUAAGAAGAUAGUGACUGCUGUGAACUACUCUGAAGGGUCAAAUAAGAUGAAGCAAUUCAACAAAUUUUUUAUCGUUUUCUCUUUGUUUAAAAAAGUGAUGAGUUUCAAACAUAAAACAGUUGCAUGCUUCCUUUCCCAGCAAGUUACUGGUAUAUUUAGGGAUGAAUGCAUGGAUUUAUAGCACACAGCAGGACUUCUGCUUUCCAUCAUUUUUCACAGUUGUACCGUACUUUGCUUUCUAAAACUCUUUGAAUAGUGUCAAGAAAAUGAGGCAUUUCUCACCUAGAAGAUUAUCCGAGAGAUACAGCCCAAAACAAAAUGCAAUAAUUAUUACAAACCAUUCUUAAUUUUUUUCUGCAAGGUGGAUUAUACAUUUAGAUGAAGACAAGAAAGCAUUAGCGCCACAACCUUAUCAGGGAGAAAGGUAGAGAAAGAGCCUCUGGACUUUGUAUUAAUGUGUAGCCUUUAGUAGCUUUCCUGAACUUUGCUUUUGAGUUCCACGACAGGAGUUCAUCUAAAGCACUUCAAAAGAAGACUACAUGGGAGAUUAUAAUUUUGGAAAGAAACCCUCUAGAGUCAUAAUUAGUUUUAAAAAAAAAAAAAAAGAAUUUUCAAAACUUGUUUCAAACUAUUAUGUGAGAGGUAUGCACACACAUUUUCUGUUUUUAUGAAUCAAAAAAUAAUGAAUGUUCUUUGGAGUAUAGAAAAAGAAAAGUUAACAAUAAUGUCAUUUUUUUCAGUCCCUUGGUUAAUUUUUCCUCCUAUAUUUUGCUGUCCGCUGGGGUUUGAGGAGAAAAAAACAGCCCUUGUGUGGAAUUUGUUGUUGCGCUUUUUUAUUUCUUUCCUUUUUGAAUAUUAUGUCUCAAAAUAUCCAUUGUUCUUAUGGUGUAUUGGACCAAGGAAGUGCAAAGCUCUUAGACUGACACCAACUUGACAAACAAAGCGCAAGUGAGCAAUUUGUGUGUUUUUUGUUGUAAAACAUGAUUUAGUUUUGUUACGGAUAAAAUUUGAAAACAAAAAGAUACUUGCUUGUGUCCCACAGUGUAUGAGUCAAGAUGGAAAUGAUCCUUGCUGACUUAGAGACCUUGUAUUUCUAGGAAGAAAGUGGAAGUUCAGUCAGUCAGAUUAUCUCUGUUUUCAUGUGAUGUUACAAAAUCACACUCUUUAAAGUACAAUUUAGUUAAAAAAAAUCCUUUAUUUUCUAACAGUUUAAAGUUCAUAAUUUUGUGGGUUAUUAAUUCCUUUAUUUCCAACAUUUACACAGUUAAGAAUCACCAAAAAGCAGGACCUCAUCUUGUUAGAAUCCAAACUUACAUUGUUAUUCCCUUCUUACCAUCAAUGCUCACUUUGAUUCUUUAUAUUUUAUGCAUUCUACUAAAUGUACACUUCUUUCCUUAUUUCUGUUAUGUCAUGUCAUAAUAUUUUUAACAUAUUUGUUGAUACAUAUAGUUUUUAUGUACCAAAGCAGUACAGGUUUAUACACAUCUUACAGACAGCGUAGCUCUCUUCUUUAACUCCUUGCCAAUGCCAUCAUGUAAAUGUGGUUGCCACCUCAGCCUUUGAAAUUAUUAAUUUGAAAAACACUGACCUAUCAAAAUGAGGUCCAGGACCAGCACACCUAUGCUUAAGUUUAAAUCAAGCAUUUGCAGAUAUCCUCACAGGCCAGGAUAAGGGAACUUAGCAGAUAAAAGGUUGCUGUUAAACUAAAUAUUAAAUAUACAUACAAUAUAUUUCAGUUUGUGUGGAAAGAAUUUACCAGGAACUGUCACAUUUUUUUCAGUUUGUUUCUUGUUUUAAUUAUAUUUUAGUUAUCACUGCCUGAUUGAAAAUGUGAGUAAUUACCUGAAACAAACAACUGUUGAAUUAUUUUCAGUUCUGUUUGUUCUAAUUUUAUUUGUUGCCGGUAGAUCAGUGGUAAACAGGAUUUGCAGAUAGUGUUAACAGCAGGUUGAAAUUUAUGACAUUCUGACUUAAUACCAGCUCAAUUUGUUUACAAAAACAUUAAGUGAAUUGUUGGUUAAAUGUUUAAUUGCCAUUAGUUAUAUGGGUAUGUAGCAGGCAGAAGAUUCAGUCUCAUAUAUAUACAUAUAUAUAUAUCCCCUCCCUCCACUGCCAGUCCAACUUAAAAUGAAUUUUUUGCAGGUGAUCAGAAUAGAAUGGUAUUCCAAUAUAAAGCAGGAUUAGCUGUUUGUUUCAUCAUUUGUUCAGUUUUUUGUUAAACUGGAAAGCUGUGACUGGUCAUAUGUUUGCAAACCUGUAUGAAAUGUAGAUGUUUACCUGAAGCAAGUAGCUAUUAAACUGUUUAUUUUUUAUAUUUAUUUUUGUAAAAAGGAUUUAGAAUGCAUGUAGAGAUGAUUGGUUGAAAUUAUCAUGGCACAAUUCACAGAAGGUUUUGAUAGAAAGUAUAAUUUGUUUUAAUUUUUAUACUUUUUCUUUUUCUAGUAGGAUUUGAAUAGUUGGAGGCAAGAGAAAAUAAUGGCAGGUGGUGAAACAGUCUGUCCUCUACCUUUGCCAUGAGCUAUGUACAGUAUUACGAAUCUAUGCUAUGAGAUCAUGAUUGAAUUCUCAAGAAAUUUAGCGACAUUUCUACUUUGAAACAUUAGAUAUUUAAUAAGCAGCAAUGCCAAGACGGUAUGGGAUUGGGGAUAUGAAGGUUGGGUGGUAAUGAAAAAUCAGAUGUACUUCCAGAGCAGAUACCCUGGCACUUACUUCAUUAUUUUUUUAUUUUAUUUUAUUUUAUUUUUUCCAAUAUUGGUCCUAAGGACUAAAGUGUUGUUUUAUAGCAUAUGCUCAACUAUUGAAGAGGCCAAGCUUUUCAGUUUGAUCAGUCAGCUUCAAAAUAACUUAGGUAAAAGAGGGUUCCGUAUUUUGAUGUUAUUUAUGGGGCUUUAGAGAAAAAGAAGGUGUACUUAGUAAAAAGAAAGACAAAGCGUACAAAAGUAACCAGGUUUGUGUUUGUUAGGUAUAUAAUUCCUGAGGAAUGAUUCCAUCAGCCAUCAAAGAAGAGUGCCAUUGUUUCAUCUCAUUUUCUUUUUAAUUUCCAUUUUAUUUUUUAUUUAUUAUUAAAGCUAAAUACAGAUAUAUUGACAAAAGAGAGUAAUUAUCCCUUGGAAUUGUAUUCCGGCGAUGAGGUGCUAUCGCACUCUGUUUCUUUUGUUCAGCUAGCCAGAAAGAGUGAAGCAGUUGCCAUAAUCUCUACGCAAGCAGUCAGGCUGAAAGUGACAUACUUUAUGUACGGUUGCUUUUCUUAUCUACUUUGUUUUUAUUUUUAUUUUUUUUUAUUUUAAAUGAAAACUAACGUAAGCUGCCAAUACAGUAUCAGUUUGUGUAACAAUGAGUCUAGCUGUCUUCAGUGUCUGUAAGACAGAUGACCUUUUUUCUUUUUGUAUGCUAACGUCUGUUAAUAAAAAAAUUAUAAAGUUUAUUUUCACCAAAGAUAUGCAAUUGCAUUAUAUAUGGUAUUACUUAAUAAAAUGUA